AUGGCAGAUGUCAUGGACCAGGAUUACUACGCGGCUGGACAUUACAUUAUCCGCCAAGGCGAAAAAGGUGACGCAUUCUUCGUAAUAAAUAGCGGAACAGUGAAAGUGACUCAACUAAUAGAGGGUGAAACGGAACCGCGUGAAAUCAGAAUUCUGAAUCAGGGUGAUUUUUUUGGUGAAAGGGCCUUACUUGGUGAUGAAGUUCGAACAGCAAAUAUAAUCGCGCAAGCUCCUGGAGUGGAAGUGCUCACACUUGACCGAGAGUCGUUUCUGAAGCUUAUUGGUGAUCUCGAAGCGUUAAAGCGCGACUAUGGAGAUAAAGAACGACUAGCACAAGUUUCAUUAGAACCGCCUAGCCCCACAAAAGAUAUCAUUCGCGAAGAGUUUGCCCACGUUCAUCUGAAAAAUAUAAAGCGAUUAGCAACAUUAGGUGUUGGUGGAUUCGGGCGUGUUGAAUUGGUCAGCAUUUCUUUUAUUCUCCAAUACUUACAACCUUACUUAGUUUUGAUCUUUUUCUUUUGAUU